CUUCAUUUUGUUUCUUAUUACAUUAAUCAAAUCCAGGAAAACAAAUAUUUAAAUAUCAGACGGUUGAGAUUGAUUGUGGUACAUCCCAUCGCCAUGGCAUCGGCGGCGCUGAACAUGAUCGAGCGGGCGCACCAGAUGUACCGGGAGGGACGGUACUCGGAGGCGCUAGGGUUUUACACGGAGGCCCUGGCGAUGGCCAAGACCAACCCCCAAAAGAUCGCUCUCCAUAGCAACCGAGCCGCUUGUUUUCUCAAACUCCACGAUUUCAACAAGGCAGCAGAAGAAUGUACCUCGGUGCUUGAGCUUGAUCACAAGCACACUGGAGCACUAAUGCUGCGGGCACAAACACUUGUCACCCUUAAGGAGUAUCACUCAGCGCUUUUUGAUGUCAACAGGCUCUUGGAUUUGAAUCCAUCAUCAGAAGUUUAUCAAAACCUUCAAGCUCGUUUGAGGACACAAUUGUCACUCGCUCCAAUACCUGAAUCCGAAGCAGAGCUAGAAGAAGACGAAGAAGACAAAGAUGAAGCAGAAUCAAAUAGAAAUGGAGAAGAGGAACAAUUCGAAGAUGUAGUAGUUGCAGUAGAUAGAGAUGAGAAAGCUGAGCUUAGUGGGACUAAUAUUAAUGCUGAAGUUAUUGCACCUGAGAUGCAGAGCUCUGAGGAAUCAUAUGGACAAGAAAGAGAUAAAUCUGAGACUAAAAUGAUUUCUUCAACUACUGUAGUUAUUGCCACUAAAAUGCAGAGCAAGAGGGAACCAUUUGAACAAGAUCCUAAAGGAUGGCAAACAAUUCCGAAACCAAAGGGACACUCAACCCUAGACUACGCAAGGUGGGACAGAGUUGAAGACGAUUCUAGUGAAGAAGAAGAUGAUGAUGACGACGAAGAAUCUCAGCCGCAGUAUAGGUUUCGUGUAAGAACCAUUGGUGUGCGACCAGUAAAGUGAAAAUGCCAUAAAUAUACAAUACAGGUUAAGGAUGACUGUUGUGAUCCCCAACAUCAGCACAGGAAAAAGUGAAAUCCUCACUGGGACAGCAAGAGGUGUUUGGGAACUCUCUGGUGGGUCCAUCACGUACAAACUGUGAAAGCUAGGAAAAACCAGCUUUGGCUGGUAGGCAAACUUGAGAAUAGAAUUGAUGGAUGCAUGAGGUAUCUGAACAAGAGGAUUUUCAUUUCGACACCAGGCACAAGAAAAAUUCACUAUUGCGCAUGGUUUUUCCUGUUGUGCGGCAAUUCAAAUGCUUCAUUCUACCAGUGGGUAUCAAGUGGAGAGAGUACUAAAACCCUUGGAUCUCUACUGAUUGAUAACUACUUCAAGCCGAGGUAUUUAAUGGUCCUGUGUGUUUGUAAUUCUUAUGGAAUAUUCAGUUGUUUCUUUUAGCACAUAGAAUCCUCUGGAAAGGAGAUACUUUGUGCUGAUUAGUGUCAGCAUGGCGAUUACCUUCGACUUCAUGUUCAUUUUAUGCCCCACCAAUACGAGCUCACUUAUCAAUCAUUUA